CUUGUGUUAAAACUUUAGAUGUGUGCAGAGCAGUGUGUGUGUGAUUCCACAAUUGAGAAGAAUGGGUCCCCUGACGAAAAAGACUGCAGCUCAUGGACGGUUCCGAAGACAAAUCAGAAGUGACAUCAUGGCUAAAACUUGUGGAAAUCCCAGACAUGAUGUCAACAACAGCAGCUCGGCAUCAAAGAAAACAUUUCUGUCCUGAAGCGGAACCUAAAGGGAAGAUGGUGACAGGUGAUGUCAGCAAACUGGCAUCCAAUAGAGUCCCCAGGGAUCUCCUGUGUUCAGCCACCUGUAUCCUACAAACCGCUGCUUUGCAUCCAGAAAUGUGUUUUAGAGAAACAGAAAACCACAGUGACUGGGAGGAAAUGUUAUAUGCAAAAUCGUGUACCAUCGUUGUCUGAUGAAAACACACAAGUAUUUAGAAAUACUCGGCUCCCCUUCAGCAGAUGUUAAUGAGGAACCCUGAGAUCCUAUUAAAAUGAAGUGGAAGACCAUUGGCCUCCUGCUUAUUUUGCCUGCCCUCAUUUCUGCUGACUCUUCUAAUCACUGUAGUAGUGAUAUGCAGGAAAAUCUUGCUAACAUGAUUAAAAAUAACAAAAAUUCCCCUGAUAUGAUGGACUUUUUUAUAUUUGGUGCAGACGGGUUUGUAGGAUACAUGAAAUCAGGUACUUGCAAAAAUGGUGCCUGGGACCCAUCACCAGGCUCAAGUCAAUGCAAUCUCAGUGAUUGGUCAGGUACUUGUAGAAAGGAUGUCUGGAACCCAGUUUCUCUCUCAGAGUUAUGCCGUCAAAAUGGAGACGCAGGUUUGACUGGCCUGACAAACUUACUAAUGAACAGCUUACAAGGCACUUGCCAAAAUGGUACCUGGGUCCCAUCACCUUCCUCAAGUCGAUGCAAUCUUACUGGACAGUCAGAAAAGAACUCAAGCAUCUGUGUUUUUCCAAUUGAUGGAAGUUCAACCUCUAAAAAGGCAACAAUAUUCAGAAGUGAUUUGGGAGUUUCUUUUCCAAGAAAAGACACAGCAUAUACCGACAUAUACCAACUCAACAUAAGCAGAUCAGUUCUACCCACAAUUGUCUGUUUAAUUGGAAAGGGCUGCAGAAAUGUGACCUGGGCAAACUGGAUUACUGGAAACAAUUGUAGUUGGACUGAACAGACCACUACUUCUUUCAACAACAACACAUGUAAUGUGACCUGUCUGAAUACCAAAAAGGCAUGUGAAACAGCAUCAUACAAUCCCAGCUGUAGCGAUGAUAAUUCAAAUAAUGUUAGCAAUAAAAUGAACACAUUUGAAAUCAAUGGAGGCAGUGCAGCUUGUAUUAAGUGUGGAAAUCCUUUUCAGCCUGCGCAAACAAUCACUUUACCUGCAGAAAUAACAGAAAAAUUUAAUCAAAAUGAUACUAAAACAGUGAUUGAUGCUGGGGCAGCUGCUUCGGCCAUGAAAGAUCUCUCCAGCAUGCUGUCUUACAUGGGAAAUUUGACUGUAGCAUCUGUAUCCAUGGGUAGCGUUAAAGGUAUUUUGAAGAAAAUUCAAAGUGAGUCUGAAGUCACGGAAACCGCUUUCAUUUACUCUCCAGCAACUGGCGUCAGACUUAUAGAUGAUCCUACCGUACUGAAGAACUAUCCAAAUGCUUUAAUUGUACCAAAGGAAGCAGCACAGCAAGCCCUCAACCAGAGCUCAAAUGCUUUUCUGGGGGUGUUUAGAUUUCCUAACAUGUCAAAGGAUGCAAACAAUAGUGAUGUUUUGAACAAUGAAGUUUACGCAAUCGAAAUGGGGACAAAAAUCAAAAAUCUGAGUAACACCAUCAAUUUGAGCUUCAACAUGAGUCAGAGCACGUCGGGAACUCCUACAUGUUACUCAUGGGAUGGAAAUGGGAGUAAGCCAGACUGGACAACUGAGGGGUGCAGAACUGUGGUUAACGGAAGUGGGAUAACAUGCAAAUGUGAACACUUGACUUUCUUCGCUGUGCUUAUGGCGCCUCCAGAUAUAACCCUUCGAGAAAGUGACCUCACCGCUCUCACCUACAUCACCUACAUCGGCUGCGGCCUCUCCAUGUUUUUUCUGGGGGUUGGACUCUUCAUGCACUUCCUCAUGAGGAAAGCAAAGGCCACUAAUUCAGUCCAUGUGCUGAUUAAUCUUUUCCUGGCACUGUUCAUGCUCAAUGUGGCCUUUCUGACCAAUGAAUAUGUGGUACAAGCCCAAAACUCCAUCUUAUGCAGGGUCAUGGCUGCAUUCUUGCACUAUUGCUUACUCUCUAGUUUCACCUGGUUUGCGGUGGAGGCUUUGCAUCUCUGUCUGCAAAUGACCAAAACAGCUACCCUCAAACAUUACCUUCUCAAGAUCACUGUGGCUGGAUGGGCUCCUCCUGCUUUUGUUGUCAGUGUCAUUUUCUCCUUGGGCAAAUAUGGUGAAGACAACAUCAUGACAGAAAGUAGGAACGUAACCAUGUGCUGGAUCGUUGACUCCACUGUCCACUACGUAGUGAACAUCGGUUAUUACUGCUUUGUGUUCACCUUCACCCUGGGCACCUUCAUCGUGGUGGUGCGGUGGCUCAGCAUGCUGCGGAUGAGCAAGUGGAGUAAAGAUGGGAAGGUGAAGCGCUCGGGAACGGCCUCCUCAGACAUCUCCACCAUGCUGGGUCUGUGCUGCCUGCUGGGACUGACCUGGGGCAUCAGCUUCUUCAGCUACGGAGCUCUGCGCAUGCCAUCCUACUACAUCUUCACCAUACUCAACUCCUUACAAGGAUUCUUCUUGUUUGUGUAUUACCUGAAAACGAGCACCUUCUUUGGAGACUCGGCUCCUUCAGAGAAGUCUGAGAAGACUGAAGUAACAGAUAAUCCAUAUGAAGACGCCACAUAAGACAACAAAAGGCCCGACUGAAUCUCACCUCCAUAUCUUUUACAUUUUACAUUCAUUUGCAGUAUUAGACUGUGACCAUCCAAUGCAGAAUUUGAUUAACUUAUGAAACUAAUUGUGCCUUUAUUUCCGUUUAUAAAUUGAAUCGCUGGUGAAGGUAUCUGCAUUAUUACAAUUAAGAGAAAUUCAAAGCAGUCACACAUAAGGUCGAUAUUUAUUAUACAAUUCAAAUAUUUAGUUCAAGUCUACUUGUAUAUCACUUUUGUAUUGUAGGGACGCUGGACAACAGAGAUGAGGAUCCAUGUUCAGUAUAAUAAUCAUAAAUAAUCGGGCAGGUAAUCGUCAAAUAUGUGCAAACUGGAGCAUGAGGGUAAUCUGAAGAAUGUAGUCAAAAUAAUGGGCAAAUUGUCAGGACAGGCAGCAUAACAGCAUAAACAAUAAAACAAAACAAAUGUUAAAAAACCCAUGGGAAGCCAAAACAAGGAAACAGUAAACAAGACUCAGCAAAGUGUGUGAGAAUGUGAGGUAUAUAAAUAGUCCAAGUAAUGAUCAAUCAAUGGUCACUAAUCAAUGAUCGAUCGAUGGUCAAUCGUGAGCUUCAGCUGUGUGGUGUAUCAAUGUCUGAUGUCAGCUGUGGCAGGAGUGAUAAGUGCAAAGACUUCUGGGAGUUGUAGUUUAUAUCAGUGGCACAUGUGUAGUUCUCCAGUGAUCUGCACAGGCUAGAUCGCUGGUGAUCGUGAAAAUGUUUCACAAUUCGACGCACCUCAUUACUUUACAGUACAAAUUAGAAUGGUAAAGGAGUUGUGUAAAGGGUUAAACUCCAGUUAGACAGAAUAUAGUGUCUUACCAAUAAGAAAUACUAUGUACAUGUAAUAAUAAUACAUGUACAAUGAAGUGUAUUUACGUUGAUUAGCACUGUGGCCUCACAGCAAGUAGAUCACUAGUUCAAGUCAAAGCUUAGCCAGUUGGCACUUCUGUAUGGAGUUUGCAUGUUCUCCCAGUGUUGGCGUGGGUUUCCUCUGGUGUUUCCCCCA